UUGCUUGUUUGAUAUAUUUUGUGUGGACAUACUGUUUUGGUCUUUUCGGGGGUAUUUGUUACAAGUAGUGACAGCUCAUGUUACUGUUUCAUUUAGUGUAAUGACUUUUCAGCUCAUCUGUCACGAAGUGACAAUGUGAGCUUUUGUGAUCGCAUUUCGUCCAUCGUCCAUCCGUCUGUAAACUUAAACGUCACCUCCUCAUAAACCACUUGGUCAGUUUCAUCCAAACUUCACAGGAAUGUUCCUUUGGUGAAGCUCUACAAAAAUUGUUCAAAGAAUUAAAUUCCAUGCAGAACUCUGGUUGCCAUGGCAGCAGAAAGCAAAAAACUUUAAUCUUCUUCUCCAAAACCAAAAGGCCUAGAGCCUUGAUAUUUGGUAUGUGGCAUCAUCUAAUGGUCCUCUAUGAAAAUUGUUCAAAUUAUGUCCUUAGGGUCACACAGGGCCCCUUCCGAGGGGUCCAAAUUUUUGCAUAGACUUAUAUAGGGAAAAGCUUUAAAAAUCUUCUUCUCCAAAACCUUAAGGCCUACAGCCUAUAUAUUUGGUAUGUUGCAUCAUGUAAUGGUCCCCUUGUCAAAUUCAAUUCAUUGAUGGUUUGCAUGGGGAACUAUGUCACAAAUAGGUAUACCCCUAGUCCUGACUCACAAGCCCCUCAUAGGGGUCAAUGUUACUAAAAAUGGUAAUUUUAUGAUGGCUUUCAUAUUGUGGGUGAUGUGGAAGUCCACAUCCAUUCUGUCACUACUUAUAUAUUGAGGCAUUGUAUUUAAAAUGCCUAGGCAUAGUACAGCAAAUGUACAGGUGAGCGAUUCAGGGCCAUCAUUGGCCGCUUGUAUUAGUGUGUAACUAUAUUCAUGUGUCUUAACAAUAUACUGUUAAUAUAGGAUGAUGUUGGUAUUCAGGAGAGAUGUAUCAGAUGUAAUGAGCUUAUUCCAUUGAGAUUGCUUAGAGAACAUGCAGAUGUCUGUGAAGUUGCAGAUAAGAAGAUUGAUGACGAGGAAACUUCUGAUGACAUCCAAUUGAAAAGGCGAAGACUGUCCGUUGACCUGCCAAUUUGUGGCUUUGCUUGUAGGCAAACAGAUGCAUCCACUGAUCAAGAGGACAAUCAGCCUACCAACAGACCAUGCCCUGUUUGUGGAGUCUGUUUCCCAAAAGAAUUGCUAGAGUUGCAUGCAUCAUCAUGUGGCGAGGACAGGUCAGCACAAGUGGACAAGGACUCUUUUGUAAGAACUUUGGAGGAAGAACUCGAGUGUAUCAAUUUGAAACUAGCAAAAUGUCCAGACAAUUGAAAUGUUCGAAUUAUAAGGCGUCUGUUCCUGCAGACAGCAUUAGAAGAACUCUUUGAAGCCACAGACGACGAUUGGGGAAAACCACUCAAAGUGACUUUCGUUGGAGAAGAGGGAGUUGAUGCUGGGGGACUAAGCAGAGAAUUUUUCACAAUUCUCUUCAAUAAAACCAAAACGUUUAAUAGGGGCACAUUUCAUCUUGAUGCUGAACUUUUGUCAAAUAAAGAAUAUCUUAUUAUGGGGAGGGCAACAGCAGUUGCCCUUAUUAAUGGGCACCCAGGACCCAGGUGCUUUAACCGACUAAUAGCUGAAUACAUCACAAGUGGGGAGGAACCUGACUUUGAAAAUCUGUCCGAUGAAUGCAUCCAGAGGUCUGAUGUUGAAACAGCAGUACGUGAAUUAGAAAAUGCUAAUGCAGGGGAACUUAGUACAUCAGUAGAUCAGUAUUCUGAUCUACUACGAUCUACUGGAUUUUGUAAGGUGUUGUCAGAAUCUACCAGAAAAGAGGCUAUCACUGCCUUGAAGACACAUUAUUCCUUUUUACCAAAUGAUGGGGCCCUUGUUGCAGUAUAUGGAGGGAUUGAAGCUGCACGGAGUGGGUUUUGGGGUGAUCCAACAACACCGUCAGAAGAAGCAUGAGUUUUUCUAUAAAGGGAAGUUUCCAACAAGCAGUGAAGUUCAGGAUUUUUUUGUGCCUUCUUUUUCCAAAGGAAAAGAGAAGAAAGAUGUGGAGGAAGUCAUUGUUUACAAUUUCAACA